GUACUCUAUGGACAAAGGAAAUGAAUAUUUUCCUUUCUUGUGAAAGUCUCUAGUUUUAAUUUAGGAAAGAAUUUCGGUGGUACUUUCUCCUCGGAAAACUUUGGCAGACAGGAAAAAAAAUAUUUCUCGGAAAUUAUCGACGUAUAUUUCAACGCAGCAAUAGAGCAACUUGUCUCGCAAAAUGUCACAUCAGACAGGAAUCAAAGCCAACGAUGCAUUAAAAAAAUUGUUCACGAAAUGCCGUGACGGAAAAAUUCGAGUAUUAAAAAUUUCGAUAGAAAAUGAACAAUUAACUCCGGUGUCUAGUUCUAAGCCAAUACACAAGUGGCAAGAUGAUUAUGAUAAAAUGAUCAAACCAUUAAUUGAGGAAAAUCAGCCGGCUUAUAUUCUUUAUAGAUUGGAUACAAAGUCGCCGGAUUCUGGUUAUGAUUGGUUAUUUAUAUCUUGGUCUCCAGAUACCGCACCGGUGAGACAGAAGAUGCUUUAUGCAUCUACUAAAGCUACGUUGAAGCAAGAAUUUGGCACAUCUUCGAUAAAGGAAGAACUGCAUGGCACUGUUCCGGAAGAUAUCACACUGGAUGGUUACCAUAAGCAUAAGAGAAAUGAUACGGUGCCUGUGCCAUUGACAACAGCCGAGGAGGAGUUGGCUGAAUUGAAAAAGACUACCGCAACGACAGAUUACAGCGUGGAAACGAGACAUCAGACAUUGAGCGGCGUAGCAUUUCCAGUAACGGAUGAAGCUAAACAGGCUAUUGUAGAAUUGAAUAAGGGGAUUCAUGAAUAUGUUCAAUUGAAAAUUGAAUUGGAUGAAGAAAAGAUACAUUUAGUAAUGGCUUGUGAUAUUUCAUUAGAUAAAUUACCAACUAAAAUUCCAUCUGAUGCUGCUAGAUAUCAUCUUUAUAAUUUUAAACAUACUCAUGAAGGAGAUUACACAGAAAGCAUAGUUUUUAUAUAUAGCAUGCCGGGAUAUAGUUGCAGUAUUAAAGAAAGAAUGUUAUAUUCAUCAUGCAAAGCCCCUCUUCUUGAUCUUAUCCAGUCUUUAGGAGUAACUAUAGCAAAAAAGUUGGAAGUAAAUAGUGGGGAAGAGUUAACAGAUAUGUUAGAAGAUCCUUCAAGCAUAAAAGACACAGCUGCAAUAACUCCCGCAACUCCAUCAACACCUUGUGCCCCUACUCAAUUUAUAGCCGAGAAAAAAUCAAAACAGAAACGAUCUUGUGUUUUAAGCUAAAACUGGCCUAAAGUAUUUGUCUCUGUCAUUAUUAUUGCUUCCGCUAAUUAAAAAUGUUUGUGAUGUUUUGCGCAUCAAAUAUCUUUUCCAUGAAUAGAAUAGUAGUAUAAUAUUAUGACAUCAUUGAUGGCUCAUUUGAUAUAGAAUUUAUUUGAUGGAUUUCCAAUGUUUCCAAAUAUUAGAACAAAUUAAAAUUGCAAUUAUAUAUAAUUAUACAUAUAUGUAUAUAUAUAUAUAUAUUGCAAAUUAAUUUAAGGGCAGUAGAAAGAAAGCGCGUAUUAUAGAAAAGAAUAUUAAUCUCAAUGUUGUUAAUCAACAUUUAGAAUUAAUUUAUGUGUCAAAGUAAAACGUAAAUAUCUAUUUAAUGAAAACAGAAUGAACUAAAUAAUGUAUUUUUCUAAAUUAUAAAGGCAAAAGUGUCAGACAUAUGAAAGGCUCUUUGUUGUGAAACGCCAUUAUAUCUACAAAAUAACUUAAUGUGAGAUAUAAUACAACCUCUAUAUAUUUCGUAUUAUUUUAAAGACAUAUACUAUUUUUGUUUUAUAUGAAAUAUUGUGCUGAAAUAGAAUGAAAUCCACUUUGUUUGACAUUAAAAGCUAAGCCUCAUUUUUAUUUGGAUUUUUAUAGUUGACAUAUAAGCAUUAUAUGUAUGUGAUAAAUGAAAUGUGAGUGUAAUUUAAUUUUAUAUAGAGAAUGUAAUCAAAACAUUCCAUUUAUAUAGUUCCCUCAUGUUUUAUUUUAUAUAUUUUUUAUACACAUUUGUAAUUCUUAUAUUUAAUA